GUUGUAGCUUUCAGAACACACAUAUAAAUCCUGCAGUUUAAGGGUCAAAGACGCAAUUCGUGAUCAUGUGUUGUCACAGCGUUUGCAGGCGUCCCGCUCACAUACAAACAAACUAAAGAACCUAGAGGUUUCAUACCAGCAGUUUUGCUUAUAUGUACAAAGGGAGAGACAGCAAGUUUAAUUUAGCACGCACUCGGAUGUUACACGCCCGCUGCUCACACCUUGGCUCACACAAUUGACGCACCCGAGACGCACAGUCGCUGCAAACCAGACCGACCGGGCUUCAUUCCUGAAGUCGCAGUUGCACGGCGAGGCCGCGCUUCGUCAGGCUGACAGAACCAGCGUAAAAUUCCAGCUUUUGUUCCAAAGAUAGCAGCAUUACGCAUGUGGGGCCCAAUGUUGCGCUCACAGCCCUGAGCAGUCGACUUCAGAACAAGAGGAUGGUGCUGAGGCACCGCAGCCACCUGACAUCAACGUCCAAACUUUGAUAUCUGUGGACUUAAAAGCGAAACAGACCAGCCAUGAGGGACAGACUAAGCCACAUGCAGGAACUGUCCAGCGGCCCUAUGGAGCCAAUGGAGUAUGCAGAGUCAACUGUCUCUGGGUCCUUCAGUAAUGUUGACUUGGAGGAUGAGUUGCCACAUGAAGCAGUGGUGUUUGGUGACAACAGCCCUGCUCUGGGAGAAAUCUUUUCCCAGGCACAAGGUAUCCACAAAGACAUCCAGCUCAUCCGCCUGGAGGUUAAAAGGCUUCGUGAGCAGAACUCCCGCAUGAUGCACGGCACCACCACCAUGAGCACCAUUAAAAGGGACUCUAACGCUAUUGGAGCUGAUAUAAAGGCGCGGGCUGAAGAUGUGCUAGCACGUCUACAUGAGAUGGAUGGCACAACCCACAAGCUAGAAGAAAUGCAUGGUGCAAAUUCUGCUGUGACACGUAUCGCCAGAACCCAGUACGCUUGCCUCAGUAACGGCUUUCGCGAUGCAAUGUUCGACUAUAAUGAGGCCGAGAUGAGCCACCGGGAAAACUGUAAAGCCCAGAUCCAGAGGCAAAUGGAGAUAGUGGGGCGUGAGGUGACGGGAGAAGAGGUGGAGGAGAUGAUUGAGAAAGGUCAGUGGAACAUCUUCAAUGACAACAUUGUGACCGAAGGGAAAACGGCCCGCUCAGCCCUGUCCCAGGUUGAGAAACGUCACCAGGAGCUGCUAGACCUGGAGAGCCGUAUCAAGAGCAUCCAUGAGAUAUUCCUGGACAUUGCCCUGCUGGUAGAGGAGCAGGGCUCCAUGCUGGACUCCAUUCAGAACAAUGUUCAGAAAACUGAUGCAGUCAUGCAAGAUGUCCUAUUCAAACUGGGCAAGGCAAAACGCCAUGACGGCAACAACCCAUUUAGAAAGAUGUUUUGCAGCUGUUUUCCAUGCGUCGACUAAUGAGUGCAACCUGCACAUGCAGGGGGCCGUCAUGGCAAAGGCGAUAAGAGUGAGCUGUUAGGAUAUUAAAGAUUUUCAAUACGUGUCAUGAAAUUGUUGUGAUUUUCACAAUAUUUAUCAACAUGGCCUUUACAUUUACUGACUAAUAUUUUCUCAGGAAUCAAAAGGGAUUUGAGGGAAAGGGUUCAAACUACUGAGUUUAAAUGCAAAAAUCAUUUGGGUUAAAUUCUGUAAAACUCUACUUAUGUAAUUCCUUGAUUUGAAUGUCUGUAAUAAAGGUUUGAGACAGGUGUCUCAAAUAGCCUGCCUCUAAUAGCAAUACAAUCUACAAAGACCUAGGCAUGAUGCACACUUGAAACAAACGGUACAUGAAGGUAUUUUUCAGCUUGCUCAGUCUAUACAUGGGAUGCAUUUAUUAAGAAGUGACCUUCAGAUAUUUUCAUACAAUUUCUGGAAGUUCUUCUGGAAGUACAUUUUUGUGCUGGCACUUUGGCCUGAUGCAACAAAAUUCUAUUGUAAUAACCUCGAUGAAAUAUUUGGUUUGUGGUUACACAUCUUUGUGCUAGUAUCAUGGAUGAUGUAGUUGAAGGACUGCAAAGAUUACCAGUAACUGAGCAUUUUAACAUGGAUUUAUUUUUAUAUAAAUUCUGCAGGGAUUACACUAGUGAUGCACCAUGCACGCUACCUUUUUAUGACUUCUGUGUAUUAAAAUGUUUCUGUCUUUUGUGGUGUAAAUAUAAAAUAUAGUUUAAAAAUAACAUCUGGUUUUCCUAUUUAAAUUUAUAAUUCACAUGAACGCUGACAUGUCUAAGACAUUCUUCCUCCAACACACAGACACACCACUAGCACUGCAGAAA